AUGUCUUCUCUGAUAACGAAUAUAUUUUUUGUAUUUUUUAUUUUUAUUCUUAUUAUACAUUCGUGUGUGGCCUGUGUUCCAACGCAAAUUGCUGAGGACUAUUGUGAGUUUGUUAUGACGUGGCAAUGUAAUUUAUCACAACUUCACCUUAUCUAAAAAUCUGAAAAUUUGAAAUCAGGCCAAAAAAUUUGAAUUUUUGUAAAAAAAAAUUAGGGCUGAUUUCAAGCUGAAUUUGAAAAUUCAAAAAAUAUUUCGUUGAUUUUGAGUUCAGAUUGAGAUUCGGUUUCUAAUGAGAUCUCAUAAGCCUAGGCUAUAUUUUUUUGUAAAAAUUUCUGAAAAUCUGAAAAUUUAAAUUCAGGCAAAAAAAUUGAAUUUUUGUGAAAAAAAUCAAAGCUAACUUCAAGCUGAAUUCAAAAAUUCAAGAAUUUUUCUGCUGAAAAUUUAAGCGCCGCUUGAAACUCGGUUUCUAAUGAGAUCUCAUAAGCCUAGGCUAUAUUUUUUUGUGAAAAUUUCUGAAAAUCUGAAUUUCAGGCAAAAAAUUUGAAUUUUUAUGAAAAAAUCAAGACUAAUUUCAAGCAGAAUUCAAAAAUUCAAGAAUUUUUCUGCUGAAAAUUCAAGCGCCGCUCGGUUUUUAGUGAGAUCUCAUAAGCGUAGGCUAUAUUUUUUUGUGAAAAUUUUCAAAUCUGGACUUUUUUUUUGAGAUUUUAUGACGUGGCAAUAAUUCAUCUGAAAAUCUGAAAAUUUGAAUUCAGGCUAUUUUUGUCUGAAAAAUUCAAGGCUAACUUCAAGCUGAAUUUUUGAAAAUUUAAGAAUUUUUCUUCUGAACAGUUGAGUUCAGCUUAAAAUUUUCUUUGUUGAGAUGUUAUGACGUGGCAAUAAUUUAUCUGAAAAUCUGAAAUUUUGAAUUCAUGCUGUUUUUUUUGUGAAAAAUUCAAGGCUAACUGAAUUCAAUAAUUUGAGAAUUUUGGCAAUUUUGUCUUGAAAUUUCAGCCAUCACCAGCACUUCUACCAGCACUUCUACCAGCACUUCCACAUCUACUUUAAAUCCAGAUCUUACAACAUCUACCUCCACGUCAUCAACAACAUCUACAACCACAACAACAACAACUUCAACCACCACAACCACACCAAUCCUAUCCUGCCUCGACUCAACGUGGACAAUGUUCGACCGAGGAACCUACUCCUGGUGUAUGAAGGUCUAUCUCGGCAGCAUUGCAGUUCAAGACGCUCUCAUCGGUUGUCAAACUCUCCAUGCUUCCGCCGUCGUCACCGGCUAUCAAAACUUUGCCGAACUCUCAACAAUGAUGGCAGCCGCACUCGCCGCCAAUCCCUCGGCUCCCGCAUCCACCAAUUACAUGGUGGUCGGUGCGAAACGACGAGCCGCUUGUGCCAACGAGUUCUAUUAUAGUGCGAUUUGUCCGCGACUGUAUGCUUUCGAGUGGACCGAUCAACAUACAACUGGAACUGAUGGGUUUUAUUGGAAAACGGGGCAACCGGAUAAUGGUGGGACUGGUGGAACUAUCAGGCAAAAUUAUGUUGGAGCAUCGGUGAUCAAUUAUAGAAUGGAUGAUACUUAUGGUUUUGUGAUUUAUCCCGGGGCGGUUUGUGGAAUGGAAGCCGAUUAUUAUUAA